CUGAAGAGGGGUAUUGUCGUUGAGAUAUUGUAUUGUAAUGAGGCCAGGGGAAGGGGAACUGGAAGUUUCAGCAGUCGCGUGGAGAGACGCACGCCAUGGCUGCCUCUCGAAAGAGAUCCUCAUCUGCUAAACCAGUGAGCCACCUGCGGCACGAAGACUCUCGCUCUCUCUCUACCAAUUCCGCCCUGAACUCAUCACCACCCCCUGCAAAAACAACUGAGGCUGAACCAGUCGUGGCUCUCGCACCUCCAAAACUAGGGCAAAUCUUUGGGAUCUCAGCCAUUUGCUUGUCCCCUUAUUUGUACCUCCUAUUCUUUUACUAUGACAUCGAUGCUCAGCUCAAAUGGUCCAUUCUCUGCAACGUUUUCCUGAGCAUUGGGGGUUUCUUUGCUACUCUCUUCGUGAUCCCUGUGGCUUCUCGUUACUUGGUGAGAAGAAAUCUCUUUGGCUAUGAUAUCAACAAGAAGGGAACCUCUCAAGGCUCUGUUAAAGUGCCUGAGUCAUUAGGCAUCGUUAUUGGAAUUGUGUACUUGAUUGUUACGAUAUUGUUCCAGCACUUCAACUUUGAAGCUGACUCCAAUUGGCUUGUUGAAUACAAUGCAGCAUUAGCAUCGAUUUGCUUCAUGAUACUUCUUGGAUUUGUUGAUGAUGUCCUAGAUAUUCCUUGGAGAGUGAAGUUGCUUUUGCCCUCUUUUGCGGCUCUUCCCUUGUUAAUGGCAUAUGCUGGGCAUACAACCAUUAUAGUUCCAAAGCCUCUGGUUCCAUACAUUGGGAUUGACAUAUUGGAUUUAGGGUGGAUUUAUAAACUAUAUAUGGGUCUCCUGGCAGUAUUUUGUACAAAUUCUAUCAAUAUUCAUGCAGGGCUGAAUGGCCUUGAAGUUGGGCAAUCAAUUGUUAUUUCAGCUGCGGUGAGAAGAUUUUAUACCUCGAUCAAAAUUUUAAUACAUAAUGUCAUGCAAAUUGGAGUGUCUUCAGACCCUGAGUACAAGCAGGCUCAUGCAUUUUCUAUCUACCUUGUACAACCAUUUAUUGCGACCUCACUUGCUUUGCUUUCUUACAACUGGUAUCCCUCAUCAGUUUUCGUUGGUGAUACAUACACUUACUUUGCUGGAAUGACAAUGGCCGUAGUUGGUAUACUAGGCCAUUUCAGUGAGACUCUUUUGCUCUUCUUCCUUCCUCAAGUUCUGAAUUUCCUUUAUUCAUGCCCUCAGCUCUUCAAGAUUAUACCAUGUCCACGUCAUCGGCUGCCUAGGUUUGAUCCUCAAACAAGGCUUCUAACUGGAACAAAAGACUGGAAUCUUGUAAACUUAUUCCUGAAUUUGUUCGGUCGAUGCUCGGAGAAAUCACUCUGCAUCCGACUUCUUGUUUUCCAGGCUUUGGCAUGUCUAUUCUGUUUUUGGCUGCGUUACAUCCUUGCGGGCUGGUAUAAAUAGGACUCUGGCAAUUCUCGACUCCACACACACGAUGCGAGAAAAUUUUGUUUUUUCUUUUACUUUCAAGUUUUUUAUAUCAAAAAAACUCUUACCACAAUGGGGUUUCCCAGUGAGUGUAAAAUUUAGAUAUUCUGACUUUGAAAUGAAAUUUGCAUGCCCGUGUGCGGGUAAGCUUUAUUAAAGCAGUUUACAUGCUGGCUUUUUUUGAAC